UCAACCCUCCUUUGUAAAGUGACUAUGAAACCAAAGUACCAUUCAAAGCUAAACACUCUCUUCCUAUAUAUCAUUUAUAUAUAUACAUAUUUCUGUAUAUAUAGCUCAAAGAACAUGAAAUCAGCUAUGUAAUGAAACCCUGAAAGUAUUACAAAAACCAAACACUUUUGAGGCCCUUUGUUUUUCACUUUCCUUUGUUCCUUAAAUUGUUGUUUCACCAUGUCGGAACAUGAAUUUAGAGACUUUUAUUACCAUGCAAGUACGAUGUUCCACAACGAUCAUGUUGACGACAUGUUUAGGGUUUCAUCAUCAGUGUCAGUUGAUCAUCAUCCUUCUUCGUAUAUGAGCUUCACGGAUUGUUUACACAGUUCGGUUGGCGAGUACGGUUCACUCGAAAAAGCCUUCGGUUUGUCCCCGUCAUCUUCGGAAGUGUUUUCUUCUCCAAUCGAAGGCUUGAAUCAGACAACAAAUCAACAAAUUAGUGAAGUUAUGGCCAUUACCCCUAAUUCUUCUAUUUCUUCUUCCUCAAGUGAGGCUGCUUAUUGUGAAGAAGAUUCAGAGAAAAAUAACAAAGAUAAGCAGCCAAAAGGGUCUGAUGAUGGAAGCAAAGAAAGCCCUAAGAAAGGGAUGAAAGGGGCUAAAAAGAAAGCCGAGAGAAAGCAAAAAGAACCACGAUUUGCUUUCGUGACAAAAAGUGAAGUUGAUCAUCUAGAAGAUGGGUAUAGAUGGAGAAAAUAUGGACAAAAAGCUGUGAAGAACAGUCCAUAUCCAAGGAGCUACUAUCGGUGCACUACACAGAAGUGUACGGUCAAGAAAAGGGUUGAGAGAUCAUUCCAGGAUCCAUCAACGGUGAUCACAACAUAUGAGGGUCAACACAACCACCCACUCCCCACAACACUGAGAGGAAACGCAGCAGCACUGUUCCCGCCUUCCAUGUUUGCGCCGGCGACGGCGCGGCCGAGCUUCCCGCAUGAAUUGUUUAUGCAGAUGGCGGCGCCUCAUGAAAUGAAUAACCAGCAAGCUAAUGGUGUAGCAGCAGCUUCGAUGUUUGGAGAAAACUUUAGUCCUUAUCAUCACCAGUACCACCACCACCACCGUCAGGUUUCUGACUAUGGGCUACUCCAAGACAUGGUUCCUUCCAGGUUCCUUAAACAUGAACCAUGAAUAUCCCAUUCUUUCUGCUUCUUUUUUUUACUCCUUGUGAGUGUACAUAUUUAUAUAUAUUUGACUGCUUUUAUCGUUAUCGUUUUCAUCUAACUUAUCUAGAGCCCAAGAAUUAUUCCUCAGUUAUUGGUUUUGAAAAGGGCUAACAUCGAGGACUAGAUAUGGGAGUGGGAUUAACGUUCUUCCUUUGUACUUGAAACUGGUGGUUCCAUGUGUUCAGUGGAAAUGUUCCUAUGCUUCUAUGAUAGGAAAAGAGGAUCGAAGACUUGAAAUAUUAAUGGAUCAUAUUAGUUACAUUUAUGUUUGUUUAUUCAUAUCAUCAUCCUUGAUGUUAUCAUUAAUGAAGAAUGCGGGAAUAGUUUCCUUUAGUUUUA